AUGUCUACCUCUACUUCCACAUCAACUGCUUCUAUUAAUAACAUCAAAAAUCUCACAUAUAAUAUUCUAAAAACCUUUAAGGAUGGCAUUAUUAAGGAUCAAGCCAAUCCCCUUGGUACUGUUUCCAAUUUGCCGUUUACUGAUCCCAAGGAGGCCUCCCAAUCAACUGGAAUUUCACCUUUGAUGGGCGAAACAUUUGUCCUAUCUUCACCACCUAUACGGAUGAAAGGGAUCGAAGAUACGGCAACCCAACAAGUCAAAAGUAAUUUGAGGUGUGCCAAAUAUUCUGAAGAUCUUUCUUCAUGUCUCCCACCUAUAGGCUUUCUUCGGUUUUCUUUUCAACUUCAAGGUUCCUCGAAACCACUCAUAUACUUAACCUGCAAACAUAUCAUCCAUUACAAUUGUAUCGAUAAUCUACAAAAACUGUGUUCUAUAUGUCCACCAACUGAUAUGGAAAUUGAUGACGGUGCUAUAGUAACUGUUACCCAAGAUGAAACCUCAGAUCUAGUAAAUCUUUUUGGCAGUAAUCUUGGAUUUGAUUCUUCAAGAAACCCACCAGAUGAUUCAAUAGAAAUUGUAAAUAAUAAAAGAUAA